UACUAAUCUAAUUUCCUCCAUAGGAUGACUGUGUCUAUAUGAAGAAGAACCCUGUUGAACAAGCAGGGAAAUGGAAAGAUGAAGACUGUAAAGCAAGCAAAAGCUACAUAUGCCAGAAAAAUACUGACCCUAAAUUGCAAAGUUCCCAAGCCGUGGUUCCAAUGUUUGGCUUUAACAGCUAUGGUGAUGACCGCUAUGCAGUCAUCAACUAUAAAAUGAACUGGGAAGAAGCACAGAAGAAUUGCAAAGACCAAUAUGCAGAUCUUGCCAGCAUUUUAGAUCCUUAUGUUGAAGCUUACCUGUGGUUACAAAUAUUAAAGCAUGGAGAGCCUGUAUGGAUUGGUCUUAACAGCAACAUGACUCGUGGUGUUUACAUGUGGUCAGAUAGAAGGAGGAGCAGAUAUCAUAACUGGGCCAGUGGAGAACCAAAUAAGAAUGCAGCCUGUGCCUAUUUAGAUUUGGAUGGUUUUUGGAAGACAACAUCUUGCAAUGAAACAUUUUUAUCUCUCUGUAAACAAUCUGAUGAGUUAAUUCCUACUGAAUCGCCACAGCUUCCUGGAAAGUGUCCUGAACCAAAGCAUGGUAGAUCUUGGAUUCCCUUUCGUGGCCAUUGCUAUUAUGUUCACACCACUUCUGAAGUAAGCUGGCCUGAUGCUUCCAUGAUGUGUAUUCAGAUGGGUGCUUCUCUGGUUUCCAUAGAAGAUCCAGCUGAAAUGAACUUCCUCUUACUUUACUUGUCUCCACUUGCAAGUGAUUUCAGAAAAUUUUGGAUAGGAUUGUUCAAAAAUAUUGAAGGGGAAUGGAUGUGGACAGACAGAAGCGUGGUAGAAUUUGUCAACUGGGAGAAAGGAGAGCCAACAAUGAUUUAUGAUGAACACUGUGUGGACAUGGAUGUCUCAAGCGGAUCCUGGAGGAACUAUUACUGCUCUGUUGACCGCAAUUUCAUUUGUAAAAUCCCAAAGAUUAUUGAAGUUGAACCAACCCAUGAUUCAUCUAUCAAUCAAGCAUCAAAAAGAGAACCUGCUGUUUCAUCCUCACAUAGUCGAGGUGUGAUGAUCGUUACACUAAUCUUCCUUCUGCUAGCAGGAACUGGCCUUAUCGUAUAUUUUUUCUACAAGAAGAGACACGAACAGACAACUGUUACAGCCAGUUUUGGCAAUGCCAUAUACUGUGGUAGUCCUGAUCCUGGAACUCAUGAAUCAAAAUGUCUUGUGACCAAUAUUGAAGAAAAUGAAUAGGCAAUGGUUUAAUAAAUAGAGUAAACUUGGACCUCAUUGGAAAGGAACUGAAGUACUGGAAUACCAGAAUUCUGAAGUUAAACUGAUUUUCUCCUAUGGAAAUUCUUGUUCAUUUUGCACAGGAUACUUCUUGCUUGUACUAGCAGGAACAAGCAAUCUUGCAACACUCUAAAUCUGCUCACGAACCAGUUCUUGGGAGGACUGUUGAACAUACAUAAAACCCUGGAGAUACACUGUGUAAAGGAGCACUCAGGAUGUUCUAGUUGAUGCAAGGGUCCUGCAUCACCCUUAGAUACCAGAAUAACUGUACUCAUCACAGGAAACAGUGAGAGUAAGUGCCUUAGCAUUCUCCAAAAAGUACAUCUAGAUCUGUAGGAAUCCUAGAGAUGCCACUCUGAUCUUCAGCACAGACUGACAGAAUUGUACAGAUUAAAUGUCAGCUCCAAGAUCACUUGGUACACACUCAAGCUGGAGCAGGACCAGCCUCCUGCCCCAGCCAGGUAGCCUGCUCCAAUGUUUAUACAUGCUUCUUGGUAAAGAUUGCUUUCUUUGUAUCACAUCUGAACAUCCCUUGUCUUCCCACUUUUGUAUAGCGGAAGUCUGCAUAUCUUUGUCAAGAUUUUGGCUGCAUAUUUUCUAUAAAGACCCAUUUAGCUAAUUGAAUAUAACAGUCAGGUCUCUCAUUAGUUUAUUCUCCUGUUUGUUCUGAGACUCUUCUUAUCAUAUAUCCAUACAUCAAGUCUCCCAUUCCUCUCAGUGGCCCUUGACUGGACUUCAGUUCUUCCCUGUCCAGCUCCAGCACAUACUGAUUCAUGGAGUCAGACCAUCUCAGACUUUGAAUCAUUGCUAUCCUUUCAGCCCCCUACUCUAAGCAAUUUUUCACCAACCUCACAAUACAUGCACUAUAGAAUGAGAGAGGAUUUUGAAAAUCCUGCUAAAAUCACGGUAAAUCACAUUCAUUUUUCUCCCCUUUUUUGGGGUUUGUAAGCCAAUUAUCUUUUCAUAUGAAGUAAUCAGUUUGGCCAGGCACAAUUCACCCUUUGUAAGUGUGUUCUCACCGCUUCUUCUUUUUCUUGACUUAUUUUGUUUCUGGAAAUGGCUUCCAAGAGAAUUGUUCCAUAGCCCUCCUAAGGACUGAGGUCACCUCCUUCAGUCACUGUGCCUUGUCAGAGGUGAUAGAGUGAUAGACUCUCAGUGACCAAAGCCAGUUCCUUCAGUAUCCUCUGAUAUAACUUUUCAGGUCUCAUGAACUUCCAAAUAUGCAGCUAACAUUAGUCCCUAACUCAAUCCUUCUGUGUCAUGCAUAGCACUUUUCUCCACUAGCAUAUGCUGCUAGCUAUUAAAGACCUGUUGAAUGUGUGAGGAGUGAUUGGUGGCAUUGAAUACCACUCCUUCUCCUUCAUCUGUGGAACCAUGUCUUCUUUUUGCUGCUGAAGUAUCUAUAGAAACCCUUUGUGUUGCCCCUCAUUUUCCUGGCUAGUUUCAACCCCAGCUGAGCUUUCACUUUCCUCAUCCUGUCUUGGUGUGCCCAGGACAUGUCCCUGUUUGUGUGCUGAGUAGCUUGUGCCUUUUUCACCUUCCAUACACUAGCCUUUGAGUUUCACCUCAAUCAGAAAUUUCCUAUAAAGACAGGCUUGCUUGCUUCCCUGCAUACUUUGUGCCUUGCACAUUGGGACAGGCUGUUCUUGAGCUUUAAGGACGUUUUUCUUGAAGAUGCAAAAGCUAUUCUGGGAUCCUCGGCAUUUCAAUUACCACAUCUGGACUUGAUUUUCCUUUGAGUCACCAUUGUGUAAAUUCAGGUCAGAAACCUCCACAAUGCAGCUAUUACAUAUUCUCAUAGUGGGAUUUGUACAGCACAUAUAUGUAAUACAGGAGUGAUACAAUACUUCAGGGUAUUUCCUCACAAGUAUUCUUUAAUCUUAUUUUACUGGUCAUUUGUAAAAUGUCAGUCUUUUCUGAAUUAACACAUUUUCCUCUUCAUAUAACUAAUAUGAGGAUUGAAAGAUCAGCUAAGUAUGAAUAUAUUGUGAAUAGAAAGAUUUUCUCUUUUAAAUAACAUAACAGGAAUUUCAAAGGUUUCCAUGAAAGGAGAAUAGACAGGAUGCAUUAUACUAAAUUCAUAGAUGACAAAAUUAUAUAAAAUUUCUCAUUGAAAUUACCAGUGAAGAUUUCAUAUUGUUUUAGUCCAUUUCUUCAAAGUCUGAAGCUUGUUAUUAGGAAGGCUUUCAUAGUUUCAAACCAAAUUCUUCCUCUCAAAGUCUUUCAGUUCUGUGAGAUUUGUUCAAGACUUCAUGACCAAGCCUACAUUUCAUAGAAGUGUACUGUCUGCUUUCAGAGAGUCUAAAAAUAUGCAAUAUUCCCAUAUAGUCUUUUUAAAAAAAAAAAAACUUUUCCCA